UUUCUCUGCUUGGUUGUUCAAAACACUUGAAACAAACCAAACCCCCCUAUGUUCUGACUCUGAACCAAACCCAUAAAUUUCAACUUCCCUCAAUGAAGAAGAAGAACAACAUCAACAAAACUACAAUCCAAACAUCAAAAUUCCCAAAACCUAUCUCACAAAACAUUAUUGUCCUAACACUACUAAUCUCACUCUAUUUCUUUCCCAUUUCCUCUUCUGCCCUCCAAAUACCACCUCCUCUUCCCAUUUUACCCAUUCCCUCAUCGUCCCAGCUCCAAUGGCAGCUCUCUUCUAUGGCACUCUUCCUCCACUUCGGAACCAACACCUUUACGGACUCGGAGUGGGGUUCGGGUCACGCCGAUCCGAGUGUCUUCAACCCUGUUGGACUGAAUGCUUCUCAGUGGGUCCAAGUGGCCAAGGAGGCCGGGUUUAACCGUGUCAUACUUACUGCGAAACACCAUGAUGGAUUCUGUUUGUGGCCAAGUGAAUACACAGAGUACAGUCCGAAGUCUAGUAAGUGGAGAAAUGGGAGUGGUGAUGUUGUUGCUGAGCUGGCAAUGGCUGCUAGAGAGGCUGGUGUUGCGCUUGGGCUGUAUCUUUCGCCGUGGGAUCGCCAUGAACCAUGUUAUGGCAAGACCUUGGAGUAUAACGAGUUCUAUAUGGGGCAGAUGACUGAGUUGUUGACUAGGUAUGGAGAGAUCAGGGAGGUAUGGUUGGAUGGUGCAAAAGGUGAGGGUGAGAAGGACAUGGAGUAUUUCUUUGAUUCUUGGUUUAGUCUCAUUCGUCAACUUCAGCCUGGGGCUGUCAUAUUUUCUGAUGCUGGUCCUGAUACCAGGUGGAUUGGAGAUGAGGCUGGUGUUGCUAGCUCCACUUGCUGGUCUCUUUUCAAUCGGAGUUCUGCUACGAUUGGUGGUACUGAUCCUGGAUACUCUCAGGGGGGAGACCCACAGGGUCAUGACUGGGUACCUGCUGAGUGUGAUGUUUCCAUCAGACCUGGCUGGUUUUGGCAUGCAUCAGAAGCUCCGAAGUCAGCACUGAAGCUUCUUGACAUAUACUACAAAUCAGUCGGAAGAAACUGUCUGUUAUUGCUAAAUGUACCUCCAAAUUCUUCAGGCCUCAUCUCAGCUGAAGAUAUACAAAUACUUAAAGAGUUCAGUGAGCUUCAGAGAUCCAUAUUUUCCCAUAAUCUUGCUGAGAAUGCUCUUGUUAGUGCUAGCAGUACAAGAGGAGGAAGUAACCAAUCUCGGUUUAACCCUCACAAUGUCCUGAAAGAAGGUAUCUACUCCUACUGGGCUCCUGAAGAAAAUAAAUGUAAAUGGGUGUUGUCCUUAGACCUUCAGGAACCGGUAUCUUUUAAUGUUUUACAAAUUCAAGAGCCGAUUCACAUGGGACAGCGUGUUAUUGAGUUUCAUCUGGAUAUCUUGAAUGAAAAAGGGAAAUGGAAGAAGCUGAUUAAUGGCACAACAGUUGGAUAUCAGAGACUGUUGCAAUUUCCUACCAUUAAAACUCAGCGGUUGAGGCUUGUAGUUGACAAGUCUCGGGCUGAUCCUCUCAUUUCUUAUUUGGGACUUUUUAUAGAUCCAUUCUGUGUUGUGAGCAACAUGUCUGAUACAAGCUCACCAACAUAUGAUACUCACAUUAUUCGGCAAACUGUUGCCACAAUGUGGCAAUAUUUAGCUUCUUCAUGGAAUUCACUCUCCAUGAUCUCUGUGUAAAAAUUACAAUUUAUAAAUUAUAAUUGAUUUCCCCAAAUGUUGUGAUCAAGAGUAUGUCAUCUCUUGGGGAUUUGUGGCAUUUACUUU